UAAAAGAAUAUGAAACUCUCACAUCUUCAUCUCCCCACUUUAAACCAAAGUUUUUUCUUCAAUAAAGGAAUGGAUGAUGGUAGAGGUUUUAGGGUGAAGAACUUGUUGUUGUUUUUGUUAUUCUUUUGUUUAUUGAGUUUGAGAAUGGAGUUUUCGAGAGCUCAAAUGGUGCCGGCGGUGUUUGUUUUCGGGGAUUCGUUGGUUGAUGUAGGGAACAACAAUUACCUUCCGGUUUCCAUUGCAAAAGCAGAUUUUCCUCACAACGGAAUCGAUUUUCCAACCAAGAAACCAACGGGGAGGUUUAGUAAUGGCAAGAAUGCAGCUGAUUUGCUUGCCGAAAAAUUAGGGUUACCAAGUUCACCACCCUAUCUUUCUUUGUUAAAGAAGACAGAUGAAUCAGCAUAUAUAAACGGCGUUAGCUUCGCCUCAGGUGGUGCCGGAAUCUUCAAUGGCACGGAUCAAACUUACGGUCAAUCCAUUCCUUUGUUAAAACAAGUGGACAACUACAUUGUAGUAUAUAAAAGUUUGGUGCAACAAAUGGGACCAUCUGGUGCAGAAAAGCACCUUUCAAAAGCCCUUUUCACCAUUGUUAUCGGUAGCAAUGACAUGUUAGAUUAUUUUGGAUCGUCUGAUCUUAGAAAGAAGAGCACCCCACAACAAUUUGUGGACUUGAUGGCCAACACCCUAAAAGGACAACUCAAGAGACUAUACGAAACCGGUGCACGUAAAUUCGUUUUAACUGGUGUCGGAGUGAUAGGGUGUAUUCCUGCAGAAAGGGUUAAAAACAAAACCCAUGAAUGCAAUGAAGAAUGCAAUUUUUGGUCUGUCAAGUACAAUGAAGAGCUGAAGGCAAUGUUGAAAGGGUUAAAAUCAGAGCGUCAAGGCAUAAACUACUCUUACUUUGAUACUUAUAGUAUCAUGCAAAAUGUCAUCCAAAAACCAUCUUCUUAUGGGUUCAAUGAGAUAGAAAGUGCCUGUUGUGGGCUUGGGGAUCUGAAAGCUAAAGUCCCUUGUAUGCCCAUUUCGAAAUAUUGCUCCAAUAGGAAGGAUCAUGUUUUUUGGGAUCUGUAUCAUCCAACUGAGGCGACGGCUAGGAUUUUUGUGGAUACUCUUUUUGAUGGCCCUUCACAAUACUGUAUCCCAAUGAAUGUUAGGCAACUAGUUUCUGCUUGAACUUAUACUCAACUAUCAAUCGCUUACAGUACUAAGAGAAGUAGAUAGUUUGGUUGCGAUGUAACAUCACAAUUUUAAAAACGAUAUAACAUAAAAUAGUUACACGAGUACAAUAUAAAUAUACAAAUAUUUCAAGAUUUA